AUGCUGGGCAUUUGUAAGAAGGAAAAUAUCACUCCGAUUGGCUUGAAGAUCGUGACGAUAGUUCCCCAUGAUGAUCAGGCUUCUUAUGCCGAGCCACGAGUUUUCUUGUGCACCUAUUGCAAAAGAAAAUUCUAUAGUUCGCAAGCACUAGGAGGCCACCAAAAUGCCCACAAAAGAAAGGAUCUAGCAAAAAGAGGACAAAAGAUAGCAGCACACAUAUUGGCCUCCGCAGAAGCUUUUGGACACUCCCUCCACCAGCACCAGCACCAGCACUACCCAAGCAUGGCUUCUCUUCCUCUUCAUGGUGCUAAUUACAAUAACAGAUCGUUCAGAGUUCAGGCGCAUUCUAUGAUCCAAAAGCUUUCUCACAAAUCAUCUUCGGUUGGGUUCUGGGAACCUCAGGGCUGGUCAAGACCCCUCAUUGUCCAACAACCAGCAGUUGGGAAUUUUCACGCAGCAGUAGGAUCGCUUUCGCGAGGCAGUGUUGGUAGAUUUGGAUUGCUAAGAACGAUGAAUGGUUCUCCAGCCCAUGAUGAUGAAUUUAGUGGAUUUUGGUCUGUAGAUAGUGCUGCUCUUUACAGGACUAAUCAAGAGGAGAUGAAGAAGCUUGACUUAUCUCUCAAGCUUUAAGAGU